AUGGCCGAUGGUGACUCUGUUCGCCAGAGGAUAAUCUCUUCGGUCUUCACUACGAAGUUGGUGGACGAGAGAUAUGUCGCGCAUGUCAAGAUCUGGGAGGAGGAUACCGGGGACGGCGGAGGGAAGAAGCCUCGAUAUAUCAUCAUCUCUAGAUCUACCACCGGAGUAGGCUUCAUACACAAGUCUAAGCUGAAUUCCAAUGGGUCCUUUUCCGUUGGGAAGACAUGGAAACUCUCUGAGCUGCGAGGCAUAGAAGUCCUAAAUCCUUCCGCCUUCAACAUUAGUAUGUCCCGGACGUACCGAUGGCAAACAGAGAACCAGAGGGAUCAGAGUAACUUCAUCUCGGAACUGAUUCAGCUGUUCCGAUCCGUGUCGGGACCUUCAGCACAGCUCGACCUGGCAGGCGUGCGUGAUUCAGUGGAGCCCUCAUCGAGGCCGGCACCACCCGCAUUCCAGCGCAUGGACCGUGCACCUACCCCGACGAAUGGCGCGCCAUUGCCUACAGCAACACCCCGCCGCACAGCGGCCAAUGGCUAUGCAGAUACCUCUUCUUCCUACCAGAACGGCAGGUACGAGAAUGGAAGAACAGUCGGCACUCCAGGUCGUGCACGGUCAUCUUCGAGAGCGAGGCGACCACGGAGUCCCGCGGAGUCGUCGGACUUCACCAAAGCUCCGCCCACUGCAGUGCCCGAACGGGCAGCUACACCUUCCCGCACCCGCCCCACGACACCGUCUCGUGAGCCUCUACCACCUCCAAGUGCCCUACGACCGCGACAUGGUCGAGCACCUUCGAACGCGGAUACUUCCAGUCGAACGUCCGCCGCGACUACGUCGAGCAUAGUUCCAUCAAUCGCGUAUCCAUCCUCAGUGACCUCGGUACAGUCCGAACCGCAAUCCCAGUAUGUCGACUCGCGAAUGAACGGGUAUGGCUCUCGGCCUUCGUUGGAUGCGCCCUCAACAUCCCCAGCUUCCGUGGCCCAACCACCGCCGAGGUCAACGUACGGUGCCUCGUCUGAAUUUGUUACCUCUCGCUCCCAAGCCGCCACUCCUAAUCCUACCGCCCGCCCUCGACCAUCAGAAACCAACGGUUCUACCCCCCUUCCUCGAGCGCCGCGACGCGAAAAUACUCGUGUCUCGUUCUACGACACCACAAACCAAGCACUGCUCAAUCGAGUAUUGUCCGGAGACACCAUGCUCCACGAAGAAGGCGAUGCAGAAGGCGAAGGAGCCGGGGAAGUGGAAGAAGAAAGUGCUCAGGCUACUCUGGAAAGCGUAGAGGAAAUGCUCGAGGGAUAUGAAUGGGCGAGCGACGACAUUCUCGGUAGACGCGCUUUAACAGGGACGGCAGAGCAGAUCGAGGCCAGGCUUCUGGACGAGUUGAUGGCACUGGAUAAGGCAAACAUCCACUCGUUCAUCGAGUCUGAUGAUCGAAUAGGGACCGUACUCAAAUACCUGGACGAAGCGAUACUGGAGCUCGAUAACAUGGAGAGUGUCAUGUCAUCUUACAAGAUAUACCUCAAUGCUGUCAGUGACGACAUUGCGUACAUUCAAAGCCAGGGGCGUGGUUUGCAGGUCCAGACUCAGAACCAACGGGCGCUGCUGGAUGAACUCGAGGAGCUUCUGCAAACUGUCCAAGUUGAUUCUAGCUCCUUGCUCGCUCUCACCCAAGAAUCUCUAGAACAAACCGGGAGCAUACAGAAGUUAGAGAAAUCUACAGCAGUGCUAUACAAAGCCUUACUAGCUGGUCGAGAUCGCGACAUGUCGGCGACUAUGGAGCGUUUGGAUGAGUACAAGAAGUACAAUGCACAGUUCUGCAAACGCGUGCUUGACUAUCUCUCCAUCGUUUUCACUGCUCAGGGGAAGAUGCUACUGGGUGACGACAAUGGCAUCAGCAAGUCUUCGAGGGGUCGCGUAACAAUUAAGGAUCACCGGAACCUGGAGUCCUACUUAGAACGCUACCGUGGUCUGUUGCUCUAUCUCAAGGAAAUGGACGAAAGCGCGUAUGCCAAGAUAUGUGCAGCGUACUUUUCCGCGGCCAGUGAACUACACGCCAGUCAGACCAAAGCUAUGCUCACUGUGUACGCUUCCAUGAUCAAGAAGGCACCGACAGAAGAGGAAGCGGAAGGCUUCUCUGGAGUCACUUCAACAAGCAAUACUUCCAAAGCAGCGCAAAAUAUGCGUCGCGCAGGAACUAUCGUUCGCUCGCCUUUAGAAAGGCGUGAGAAGAAAGACGGUGGCGACGGCGAGCUUCGGGCUGCCGAGGCCUUGGGCCUGGCUCUUGAGCAGCUGGCUCGCACAAUCUACGCCGAGGAGGGAUGGGUCUCAUAUUUCCUUCAGAUGGACGACGUCUCGCAAACAUUCGCAGAUCACAUGGGCUUGGAGAAUUACUUCCGACGUCAAGCCGCUCGAUUCGCUGGUCUCAGUCCAGCCACCAUGAAACUUGUCCGAGGAGCGAUGGACCUCAUCUUCGGUUUUCUGCCUAUCGAGCUCAAGAGCUGGUUAGAUGUCGCACUUACGCGGGACAGUUGGCAAGUGGUCGGCAUGCUCGCUGCGCUUGAGAAGUUUCAGUCAGAAGCGGAAGAAAAAGGGAAUGCCUUUCUGCUCACAGUCUUGGAGAAACAGCAUAUGCGUCUCAAGGCUGUGUUCGAACGACGCGUCAAUGACCAAAUCAAGUCGAUCGAGGAGACAAAGCUCACCAGCAAGAAGCGCAAAGGCGUGGCGCCUUUCAUCAAGUUCUUCCCUACGUACAUCAGUCGUAUCGAGACCCAGCUCAUUGGAGGGGAUACACUUGAGAUUCGCCAAUUCGUGGACGCCGCGUAUGAUAACAUCGUCCAGGCCAUGUUUGAUGCCCUCAAGCAGAUGGCGAAGAUGAGUGGUGACGAGGAAGACAAAGGAAUGUUAAACUACCACGUCAUAAUCAUUGAGAACAUGCACUUCUUCGUCGCAGAGGUCUCGCAGAUUGAGAUUGGCACUGUAGCCGCGUUUUUGAAGCGUGCAGAAGCAAUAUACGAGGAGAAUCUACAAGCGUACGUCAAGAUUGUCCUGCGACGACCGUUUUCCAAGAUCAUUGAAUACUUCGAGGGAGUGGAGCGUCUGCUCAAGACGACCGCUCCGACCGAAGACUACAACGCCAAGGAUAUUCGCAAAUAUGUCGAUACCUUGUUCAAGCGUGUCGAGAAGCAUUUCGACGAGGCGUCGGAGAAGGCCACAACCGAGGACGCUAGUGCCAAUACAGGAAUUGCACCAGGCACCGUCAUGGUGGGGGUUUGGAAGGCGUGCGAAGAGGAGUUGUUGCGCAUCACGGACCUCUUCAACAAGAGGAUUGCUCAGUGCUACAAAGAGACUGGAGUGAGUCUGGAGUACACGGCUGCAGAUGUGGAGGGUGCGUUCAAGCGGCAUAGGGUUAGUUCUUAG